AUGGAAAGCGAUAAUAAUAAUACUAAGAGGAGACGGCUACAGCCCGAGGACUCUGAUACGAAGAAGGAAGAACAACUAGAAGAAACCUCCACCACCACUACCGAGUCAAAUCGUCCUGUUAGUAAUAGUGAUAACAUGGUUAUUAAUAAUGAAAACUUGCCACUAGCAAUAGAAGAUCAUAAUAGUGAUACCACACCAGCUACUUCAACACCCUUGACUAUAGUAUCGAUAUCUUCAAGACUGGUACCUGGAACUUUAUCUGAGACCUCGCCAUCAAAUGAGAAUGAGACUGAAACCCCACUAACCUUGAACGAGAACGAGAACGAUACCCCAACCACUGAGAAUGACACUACUUCAACUGAGUAUGAGACCUCUAUAAGCAAUAGUUCAUCGCAUACACCGUCAGAUGCCCGACCACCAACGUUACCAUCAUUGGCUAAUAUAUUUAGAAUGCCUGCAGUUGAUGGUAGAACAAACAGUCGGGUAUUCGGAGAUAGAAAUCCCAUUCUCCCACCGAUAAGUCCUCGCAGUGUAAUACCGAAUGGGAAUGAACCUUCUAACACUACAUCGGUACCACGCACUCGGAGUAAUAAUAUGGAACAGAUUGACUUGGAUGAAGAAGAAGACGAUGAUGAGGUCCAAAUACUUGGAGUUGUUGAAAUAGUACCUGAAGGUAAUUCAACUAUACGACAUAACAAUAAUAAUAAUAAUGAUAAUAAUAGCGAUAAUAACCGCAUACAAGAAGAAAAUACCACAGCAGACGAUGAUGGAGUUGUUGUUACUGGAGAAAGACAACUUCGUGGAUUUGAAGUUAUUCAUACCCCAUUUGGAAGUUAUGGAACUGGGAAUCAACUUCCUUCUACAAAUACUGGUAGAAGAACCCCCACUACGGUUACACCCAAUGGUUCUAACUAUAUUAGAAGAACACCAUUGAUGCCUCCCAAUAAUACCCGAUUCCGAUUACCAGCGUCUAGACGAGAUGUGUUCCAUCGGAAUCCGAACAUACGAAGUAGAAAUAACCAACUUCGUAUGGUAAGUACAAUGUUACCCUUUGAUUUAAAUAACCCAGACAAUGUUUCUCGAACAUUGCAUAACUUCUAUAACCAUGUUACUAUCCCCUUGGGAGACACUGGAUAUGGAGCUGUUGUACGAGGAUAUCCUUUAGGUGGUGGUGAAGCGGGAGGGCUCAGUCAAUGGCAAGGGAAUGGGCCAGAUGAUAUUGAAGCCAGUAUUAUGAGUCGAAUAGAACGUGAGUUGGAUGAAGCUGUUUCUGAUAAAAUCUCAAGAGAAAACCUUUACAAUAGGAAAGCUUAUCUACAAAAGAAGAAACUGAUUGUUGAUCCAAAUAACAAGAGACAUGUGUCACGGAUCAACUCUGAAGUUCAAGUUUAUUGUGAGUUAUGUGGAGUAGAAUUAGGUUGUGGAAUCCCACAAGAUUUCAAGCCUAAUCCGAAAUAUGAUGAAGACUUUGAGAAGUAUCAACAACAAUAUGACGUUCCAGCACCUUGGUUUUGUAAUAAGAUGAUCACUGAUGUUGAUAAGGAUCUUUCCAAACGAGUGUUUAGUGCUAAAUGUGGACAUGUUUAUUGUGGAAGAUGUGUUAAGAAUAUUGGUAAUAGAUCUGGAAGAAUAUCCAAAUCAACUAAACUAAAAUUAUCUAUUGAUAAUCCUUUAAUCUCUUCACCAAAGGUUUGUCAUUGUAAUAAGAGGUUCGCUGCAAGGUCAUUCACUGAACUAUACAUUUAA